AUGUUUUUGGAUCUUUCGCUUGUUGCUAAAAAACGUCCAACAAUAUAUGGACAAGUUGGCAGUGCGAAUGCGACCCCUACAGCAACACCUAUUAUUACUUCUGUUGCCGAUUCCCGAAGAGCACAUUCAAGUUGUUCGUUGGGAAGUUCAUUUAAAAGAGGAUGUGAGGAACAAAACAGUAAGAAUAGCAUAAAAGACAGCAAACGUUUUUUACGGGUGGACUACGCCGGAGGCUCUUCGAGGUUGUCAAAACGUGUCCAUAUUAGGAGAUCAAGUUCUGUCGAAAUUCCUCGUCCCAAACGCUUCAGCAGUGGCGCUAAAGAGUUGAGAAAGGAACGCAACCGAAAACGACUUGGAACCGAUACAAGCAGUGGAAGUGGAAAGUCAAAGAAAACAAAUUCUUCCUCAACAUCCAGCGUUCAGAAACAUUUACCCAAAUAUUUGACAAAUCUUUUUCGAGGCCGAAUGGGCACAGAUCCGUGUAAGAGGCAUCAUAGCCGUGCUAGUCGAGAAUCUAGCCCCGACAGUCCUUUGAGUGGAUCUGAGGCAGUUUUGGAGUUUACCAAAAAACUACAGAAUAUUCCACCUACAAGGAGAGAUACGCUCAGGAUGGCUUAUAAACAGGCAGGACAACAGGAUAGUGCGGGGACUGCUGGGAGUGCUGGGGAACGGAUUCAGCGACAUAUUGGCUAUGGGCACUUACCCGAGUUGGAGGUAAACAGUGCAUCUCCUCCCCGUUCACCCCUAAUCAGCACGGCAAUAGUAGCAGCAGCAGCACUCACUAGCGAGAACAACAGCGCUUCAUCUUCAGUUGCUGUAGCCAGUGGAAAUGUUGUUGACUUACGCCGUCCUUCCAGCCCUCCUGUUUUGCCGGGAUUACCACUUAUCGAGAUCCGUCGACCCUCAGCUUUAUCUCAAUUUGAAUUUGGCUAUUUUGUCAAUUCACCAGAGGUUAUGUCAAAUAGUCAAGGUGGAAGUGCGACGGGGAGUGUGUCUGAUGAUUGCGCGCCUUUGUUGUUGAGUGGUGGACCAAGUCAAGUUCAAAUUUGUUCCAGAAAGUCUUCAGAUGAAAGUUCAAUGUGUGGCUGGAGUUCUCGCGCAAGCUCUCGCCUCUCCCAACGGUCAUCAUCUGGCGGCCUUCGACUCUCCACCUUCUCAGGAGGCACUUCAAUUGCUUCAGACAACUCAGGCCCAUUCAUAUUCAGCUUCGUCCUUCGAAAGAGAGCAUCGACCAUUGGAACACGCAUACCUUUACCAAAGAGAGCCAUCUCCCGUUCAAGCGGAGAUAGCAGUUUGAGAGUGCCUGACAGAGAGAGCCCCUUACAACUACUUUGUGGAAUCGAAAUGAGUCCCGAUUUCCAUUGUGUAAGGCAAUUAUUGUUGGAUUUAAUGUCUAUGUAUAGCAAUAAAGAUCAAAAUUUUGUUUGCACACUGCGAUCAUGUUCUGACAUGCUUCGUCAAGUUUUGAAUACUCCUCAACACCCAGGAGUUAAAAGCUGGUGUGCUGAUAUUUUAAACGUGAUUAAUAGUCAAUUAGAAACUGAAGAGGAGAGCAAGUUGGAGAGCGAGGAGAGGAUUAAUGAUGAUUAUUUGGAUCUUCAAGACCAAAUAAUUUCCGGCUCCCUACCCUGCCCCAAAGAAGAAGCAGCAUUACUCGCAGCAGUCCAACUCUGUGUAGAAGAGAAUUGGCCUAACAACAAACGAACACAAACAAUCCGUCGGCAUCUUCUAAAAGGCCAAUUUGGUCGGAUACGCGAUCUGGCCCAGAAAAUAAUGAUAACUCCUUGGGAAGUUGACCAGGCCCUUUACUGCACCCCUCCUAGAGCUCUAAGCGAUUCUGCUGCAAGCAAUCGAAAAAUCUCAACAAAUCCAAACGUUAAAGGAGGAGGGGUAUUAGACCUACAAAUAACCGAACAACAACAACAACAUGGUAAUAGAAGAAGAAGAUCUCUGACACUUUUCAGUUGUAUGUCUGAAAGGGACCCAAUGCUGUCUGAAGAUGUACAGGCACAGUGUUUGCCGAUGGACUUGCGUGGGGAUAGAAGAACUGUUAGAUUGAUUAGGGUGAAUAUUUUGAGGGGAUUUUGGACGGAAUUUGGGGAGCUACGGAUUUUUGAAAAUUUCAAAAAAUUUCAAAAAUUUUUUGAAAUUUUUUUGAAAAUUUUAAAAUUUCAAAAAUUUUUUUUUCGAAAAAUUCGAGCCUCUCCAGAAUCCAAAUUUCAACAUCAAAAAAAACAUAAAAAUCUCUUUAAGGAACGCAAACGAAAACUUUUUCACAGUCAAAUAUACGAAUCAGAACAGGCUAUGAAACGCCUUUAUGUCCAAACAGCUCGAAAAUUGCCCGCCUAUGGUUGCAAGGUUUACCAAGUAAAAGAAUUACUGCAUGGACGGACUUUACGCAAAAAUGUCCGAUUACUCUGUUUGUCAAACUCUCAAUUUUGCCUACUUGAUGGAUGCUCCAAAUUCGCCUUGAGACGGCAACACGCUGCAACUCUACAACAAUGGAGGGUGGGAGGUGGUGUGAGUAAACACCAAUUGCUACUGGAAUUUAGAGGAACAAAGUGGCAACUGAUUGCCCCCUCCUACAAUAUACUCAAAUCAAUAUCAAUGACCCUUUGGGAAAUCAUGCAAUCUCGCACAAGCCUCUUCAUCCAAAAGACGUUCAAUCGUUCAGCCAGAACAAGUUUUGGACUCUUCGAUCGGCCAGAAAGCCGAGAGGGGACGACAACCACAAAUCAUAGUGGAGGGUCUAGAACAACCUCCUACUCAUCUACAUGUUCUUCUAUAAGGAAUAGCAAUGGAUUGUUAUGUAAUAGGGAUGAGCCGAUUACUUUAUUUAGAUUGGAGCUUGAGAGAUUACAGUAUAUUCUACAUUUCCCAGAGGAAGUUGCUUUUCAGCUAUCCUCAACUGAAUAUCAAAUGUUCUACGGCAUUGCACCCAUAGAUUUUGUACGCUAUGUGGGAUGCGAUUUGGCCAAUAUAGACAUUCAAAAUAAUCCUAGCCCAGUCAAGAAUUUAGUGAAACGAUUAUCAGAAGUCUCUUCAUGGAUUACACACGUAAUAAUCAGUCAACCUACCCAUGAGGAGCGUAAAAGUUGUUUGGCAGCGAUUAUAAGGGUGGUUGAUACUUGCUGGAAUAUUGGAAAUUUUAAUGCUGCCGUGGAAAUAUUAUUGGGAUUGAAGAGCCCUCGAUUGCGUAAAUUUAUUUAAUUUAAUAUUCUGAUUUAAUUUUGAAAUUCUGAUUUGUAAAAAUUUAUUAUUUCUGAUAGUGCAAUUUGUAAAUUCUGAUUUUUAAUGCUUAUUGUUACUUGUAAUUCUGAGUUGUAAUUUAUUCUGUAUGCUGGUUUGUAAAAUUCUGAUUU